AAAUGGAUUUGCGAUCAGCUUGGGUUGGUAACAUCAUGCUGAAGGAAAACCAAUCUACAUGUACGAAUAAUGGAACUUUUUUGGAUACCGGCAAACCGGGUCAUGUUUGUAUCCUGGCUUGUUUGGUGUUGUUAAUUGUUUUAACAAUCGCAUUUAACCUGUCGGUACUUAUUAAAAUAAACAGUGACAAACGCCACAAGAAAAACACUCGAUUUCUACUGUCGUCAUUGGCAUGCGUUGAUACGUGCGUCGGUAUAAUCAUCAUGCCCUUACAAACUGCGAUCCUGUAUUAUGAUGUACCGGUAGCUGCAAGUUUUGGAUUACGUUUUUGUGACGUUUUAAACAGCUUGGACGUCACCUUUUCGUCCAUUUCUAUUUUCCAUCUGACGUUGCUUACGUGGGAACGUUACGUCGCCAUCUGUAAUCCUUUUGAGUAUGCGUUUAUCUGCAGCAAGAAACGUUUGGCACUUGCAUAUGUACUCGGCUGGGUAACCGUGCUCACUUGUUCCUUUGGCACCAUCAUGCCAGGCUAUCAGUUAAUAGGUGCGGAGGUGCAUGAGUGCCAAGAGGUUCAACCAAAGUGUCAACUUAUUGGCGGACUAUAUGUUGUUGUUAGUUUCUCAAUGGUAACGUUGGUGUUUCCUAUUGUUUUUAUUGUUUGCUUUAAUCUUAAAGUGCUGUAUUAUGUUCGCAAAACACGAAGUGAGCAGAACGCCUUGAGAGAGCCUGGUGAAAGGAUUAACAAGAUCCGCCAUGCCCGUGUAACAGUCACAAUUGCGAUAUUAAAUGGAUGUUUCCUGUUCUGUUGGUUGCCGUUUACAGUGGUUAACGUCACAGAUGCCGUAAAAGGUCUGAUGGUUCCGGUCAUUGUGUCCACGAUUAGCCUAUGGCUGGGCUAUGCGAAUUCAGCAAUGAAUCCGUUCCUAGUUUUGCUCCUUGAAGGAAAGAACUGUAUAAGAAGGAAGUAGUUUUAUUCUGUUUUACAAUUUGCUAAAAUUAUUUUCAUGUGUUGUGUAUUUGUAUAUACUCACAUAGAGUAGACACAGUCAUUUAGUGUUGUUGUUUUUUUUUUUCAAAUGUGUUUCAAAC